UUUCAGCAGCAGCAACAGUCAGCCACCUCGGUAGCUUGCUAGACAAACUAGCCGAACCAAUAAAGCUCUUUAGACGCUUUCGUGUAUAUUCGUCACUUUGUUUUAAACCCACUUCUGUUGUCUAGUUAAUUAUCCGACCUAAUUUCAUAUUUACUUCGUUGUUUUUGGUCAGCUAGCGAGCUGGUUAAGUUAGCACUAGCCUAGCUAGCUAACAUCCCCGAACAUGAGGUCACUAAGCUACUCUCCUGUUAAAGAAGUGAAAGAAGAAGAGAAAGUCGUUUCAGUGAAAGAAGAGGAAGACGAGUUCAGAGUGAAAGAGGAGGAGGAUGUUACAGUAAAAGAAGAGGAGGAAGAGAAAGAGGAAAAUUCAGUUUUUGGAGUGAAAGAGGAGGAUUGGGAGAUGACUGUCACAUCCAAAAAUGAGGAGGAAGAAGUGGAGGAAACUGGAUAUUUGGGCCAAGUUUCCCAAAGGCAUCUUAAGGCAUCCGAUGGUUCUAACGAUGAACGUGCCCUGGUUAACACUAGAGAGAUGCGGGACUAUCGUGGAUCUUCUGGGGAGCCUCAACAACCUAAUGAUGCUGUAGAGGCAGAGAAGAGUCUCUCUGGGUCAGAACACCUCAAUAAACACCUGCAGAGAUCCACAGGGAAGAGAACUCACUGCUGCUCUGACUGUGGGAAGAGAUUCACCUCCUCAUCAGACAUUAAAAUUCAUCAGAGGAUCCACACAGGAGAGAAACCUUUUAGCUGUACUCAAUGUGGGAAGAAUUUUACUACAUCAAGCCAUCUGACAGUCCACCAGAGAACACACACAGGAGAUAAACCUUAUAGCUGUGAUCAAUGUGGGAAGAGUUUUACUACUUCUAGCUAUCUGACAGUGCACCAGAGAACACACACAGGAGAGAAACCUUAUAGCUGUGAUCAAUGUGGGAAGAGUUUUACUACAUCUGUCUCUCUGACAUUACACCAGAGAACACACACAGGAGAGAAACCUUAUAGCUGUGAUCAAUGUGGGAAGAGUUUUGUUCGAUCUAGCUCUCUGGCAGUGCACCAGAGAACACACACAGGAGAUAAACCUUAUAGCUGUGAUCAAUGUGGGAAGAGUUUUGUUCAAUCUAGCUCUCUGACAGCGCACCAGAGAAUACACACAGGAGAUAAACCUUAUAGCUGUGAUCAAUGUGGGAAGAGUUUUGUUCAAUCUAGCUCUCUGACAGUGCACCAGAGAACACACACAGGAGAUAAACCUUAUAGCUGUGAUCAAUGUGGGAAGAGUUUUGCUCACCGAAGCAGCCUGAAAUCACACCAGAGAACACAAACAGGAGAGAAACUUAUAGCUGUGACCAGAGAUAAUCUGAUAAAAGAUCUCUGACCAAUCAUCAGAAAAUACAUGAAGCAGUUGUUAAAUGAUGUCACAAUGUAGAAUGUUUUUAACACUGCAGUAGGAGUAUUUUAAUGAUGUCACAAUAUAGAAUGUUUUAACAUUGUAGAAGGAGUAUUUUAAUGAUGUCACAGUGUAGAACCCCAAAUGUUUGUCCCCUGUUCUAUGGAUUUCAACAUGAUAUGGAUAUUAGCCUCGGGGGAAAAUCCAGGCUCUGAAUUGAAAGAGUUACUAUUUAUGAGAUUUAGUAAGUACACAUUAUUCACAGAUUCCGUGUGGUUUUUGAGCUGUUAGUUUUAACAGGACGUGCAACCUCAUCUCCCUGUCGCACAAAUGAUUUUAGCAUGAUAUCGAUUAGUUAUGACAAAAAAGUGUUGCGUUCCUUUGUUUAGCGACCCCUACAUUUACAUGCAUCACUCCAAAAUGUAGCUGAUUGUCUUCUGCAGGUUGUCCUCUAACCAGUGAGGUAAACGAUAUCUCCCAUUUCCAUGUGUUUUGUUUAGUUGUGUUAGUUUCAAAAGCACGAACAACCUGAUUUCCCCCCUAAUCGAUAUCAGUGAUUUAUUGCUACUUGUCAAAACAACAGCGUUUCUGGUGCUUGUGCAGUUUAUAAGGAGCUUGUUUAAAAAAAUACAAGAAAUAUGAUUAUUGUGGGAGAUGUUUGUGUAAAUAGCACAUGUUAUGUUUAGGUUUUCAAUUUAUCCCAAACUGUUUCUGCAUAUUGGUUAUUGAUUUGGACACGUUAAAACUGUGUUUUGACAUUGAGGCUAUCCCACCUAGCACAAUGUAAUUGAAAAGACGUUGAAAAUAAGACUAUGCAAUCAAAUAUUAUUAUAUGCCUUACCAUUAAGUUAAUUAUUGACAAUACAUAUUAACAAAGGGGGUCUCCAUUUGGUUUUGAUCGUUCAUAUUUACAAUUCAUGUAACUUUUAGUAAUCAUAAUUAUUUAUGCAACCAACUGACAAUUUUCGGGUAUAAUUAUAUUGACAUUGUUGCCCUUCUUUUAGAAUAGCAGGGUUAAUUCUCAGAUGUGCCAAACCAAAUGUACUAGAGCAUGACAUUGGGGACUGGGCCCCGAUCCAACAACAUGCCUAUUGAGUGAUCCCUGAAAAGAGAGAGAAGUUCCGCAGUGAGGUGGAAAGUUACUACGGAUAGUGCAGGAGUUUCCUCUUGAAAUCAGACAUGUCUGCGUUAAGGACAACUUUGUUGCCGAUUUUCUCAAGGGUGGGCAGUCAUAGUUUUGCGUUUAGCCAGUGCGUUGCCAUGGAUCACAAUUUAUUUUGACUGCACGUUUUUCCGUAUUGGUGAUGAGUUUAGUUUGGGCUCUUUCCAAGGGGGCGAGAGUUCUAGAAUCUAGUGAGUUUUAGAAAGACGAGAGUUCUAGAAGCUAGUGAGUUUUUGGGAGAUGAGAGUUCUAGAAGCUAGUGAGUUUUAGGAUUCUAUAGAAAGAAAAAGGAGAAAAAAAUAAUACGAUUGUAUUUUAUUAUUUAGAAAUACGUGUUUUUUCUUGUUUUUAAUUGUUUGCAGCCAGUAGACACCAUGUUUAUAUUGUAGAAGGUGAAGCAUUGUAGUUGAUUAUAUUGAGAAAUGGAAGUUGUUUUCUGUUGGUGGUGAGCAAACUUGUCCAACAAAAAUAUAGGAUUUAUUUGUUGUCUUAAGGGGAAAGGUGUUCCAGGCUUUGGUUUUUCCAUUUAUGUUUUGAGGUUGGACUUUAGCACGUAUAGCUUGUUAGCACAUAGGGCACACUGAUUGGUUUCACCUCGUUAGUCAGUAUGUGUAACACCAGUUCUUUUGUUUGCCUCUUCUUGGGCAGAUUUAGUGGGUCUCAUGGUGGGUGUCUUUUAUGUCCCAGUUGUUGUUACUAGUCAACUUUCAGUGGAGACUGAGAGCAAAACUGCAAGAUUAUGUUAUAAUACUUUUAUUGCAUCAAAUGGUUGUUUUAUGCAACAGAAUAGAGGGUUCUUAUGAAUAUUGUGUCUGUGUGUUCUACUUAGGAUGGGCCUCUGGGAGAUAACACUGACAGGAGAUUUACAAUGUCUUUUGGGUGAUAAAACCUAAAGAGACCACAUUCCAGAGCAUGAGUUAAUGUUUCUGUUCUAUAUGGUAUCAGGGAGAGAUGACCUCAGGGCCAGACCCUGGUCUCUACACAAAGAGUGCUGUUUUUACAGAAGAUACUGUCUGCUGAGAAUUAUAAGUAUCUUUCAUACAAAUCUUAACCUUGUGACCCAUUCUAUACAUCUGUUGUUCGUCAUGUAGGUUGAAAAGGGUGUAUCUUGGCUAUGAAAGACCAUUGUACUUUUGUCCCGUGGGUUGACCAGUUAUCAUUAUCUUUGAGCACUCAAUUGAUUCUCUUUAUGUGUACGUUGUAUUGACCUGCUCCCUUAU